CCUAAGAAUCGGCUAAAAUGAUAAAUCACUAGACACUAGCUUAUGCCGCAGACGGCCGCAAAACCGUGCCGCAGACGCACGUCCUUGGAACUCCUCGCACACCUGCCGCUAUUGAUUGGAACCACCUGUUGGGGCCAAACACCCCCACUUGCCAAACUAAAAUUCUCAGCCACGUAGUCUUUAGUCAGUCGGUGAAAUAUGCUCCAACGAACCGCUAGAAUGUGGACGCUGUGCGUGCAGACGGCUUUGUUAGCCACCUUUAUCCAGGGAUCAGCCUGCCUGCAGGAAAAUCUCGUGGGGAGAUCACAGAAAUCAUACAAUCCCAGCGAGCUGUCCGAAUCCCGAUUCUUGGAGUACAGCAAUCUAUCCGAUAAACUGCACUUGAGGGAGGCCAUCAACAACAUACUUAUACCCCGAGUUGUGGGCACGGGGAAUCAUAGCAUCGUGCGACAAUAUAUAGUUCAGAGCCUGAGAGAUCUUGGCUGGGAUGUGGAGGUGGACAGCUUCCAUGACGUGGCUCCCAUCAAAGGCAAAUUGCAUUUUCACAACAUCAUCGCCACGCUGAAUCCAAAAGCUGAACGAUAUCUAGUGCUUGCCUGUCAUUACGAUAGCAAGUACAUGCCGGGCGUGGAGUUCCUGGGGGCCACCGACUCGGCUGUGCCCUGUGCCAUGCUCCUAAACCUUGCCCAGGUCCUGCAGGAUCAACUGCAUCCCCUUAAGGAGAGCAAACUGAGCCUAAUGCUCUUGUUCUUCGACGGCGAGGAGGCCUUCGAGGAAUGGGGACCCGAUGAUUCCAUUUACGGAGCACGGCAUUUGGCCAAAAGGUGGCAGCGAGAAGGAAAACUGGAUAGAAUAGAUUUACUGGUGCUGCUGGAUCUUCUGGGAGCCCCCGACCCCUCUUUCUAUAGCUUCUUCCAGAACACCGAGUCCUGGUACAUGCGAAUGCAGUCCGUGGAGACACGACUGGCCAAGAUGGAGCUCCUGGAGCGCUAUGCCAGCAGUGGAGUUGCCCAGUACGAUCCCAGGCGCUACUUCCAGUCGCAGGCCAUGCGCUCCUCCAUGAUCGAGGACGAUCACAUACCCUUCCUGCGUCGAAACGUGCCAAUCCUGCACAUUAUUCCAGUGCCCUUUCCAAGUGUGUGGCAUAAACCGGACGAUAACGCCAGCGUGAUCGAUUAUGCGACGACGGACAACCUGGCGCUGAUUAUACGGCUCUUCGCUUUGGAGUAUCUGCUGGGCGGAGGCGAAGACAAGUAGUUAUGUGGUCUGUCCCCCUGUGUGAAUCACAAAUGUUGUAUCUACUCACAGCCUUAUCUAAUUGACCUGUUCCGAUAUCGAGAAAUUGUUAAAUAUGUAUUCUAAUACCCGCCGUGGAAUCUUUGAAAGGACCCCAUUGUUAAAACUACUUAAGCAGAUCUGAAAAUCGCAUAAUCCAAAUAUUUUUAUAUACAUGUAUUUAUAGAGAAUACUUAGCUAAUGACACGACAAAUUAAUAUAUAUUUUGUAAUCUUUCGGUUGUAA